GAUGGCCAGGCCAAUCUGACAGAGGGUGAUGUUUAUAAAAGGCCCUUCACCCAGAGACAGAAGCUCCGUGCCAGACUCCAUAAUCCUGCUGAUCUCAAGCACCUGCCUCUACAGUUGAUACAGAUGGCAAUAUCCCCAACGGCCACAGAGCUUCUCCUGGCCUCCUUUGCCUUCUGCCUGGUGUUCUGGGUGGUCAGGGCCUGGCAGCCUCGGGUUCCCAAAGGCCUGAAGAGUCCACCAGGGCCCUGGGGCUGGCCUCUGCUCGGGCAUGUGCUGACCUUGGGGAAGAACCCACAUCUGGUGCUGGCAAGGCUGAGCCAGCGUUACGGGGACGUGCUGCAAAUCCGCAUCGGCUCCACACCCGUGCUGGUGCUCAGCGGCCUGGACACCAUCUGGCAGGCCCUGGUGCGUCAGGGUGAUGACUUCAAGGGCCGGCCCAACCUCUACAGCUUCAGGCUGGUCACUGAUGGCCACAGCAUGGCCUUCAGCCCAGACUCUGGACCGGUGUGGGCCGCCCGCAGGCGCCUGGCCCAGAGCGCUCUCAACACCUUCUCCAUUGCCUCAGACCCGGCUUCCUCAUCCUCCUGCUACCUGGAAGACCAUGUGAGCAAGGAGGCCGAGGCCCUCCUCAGCAGGUUGCAGGAACAGAUGGCAGAGGUCGGGAGCUUCGAUCCCCAUAGCCAAGUGGUGCUGUCAGUGGCCAAUGUCAUUGGUGCCAUGUGCUUUGGGCAGCACUUUCCUCAGGACAGUGAGGAAAAGCUCAGCCUCAUACACAGCAGCAAUACAUUCGUGGAGAAUGUGUCCUCCGGGAACCCUGUGGACUUCUUCCCCAUCUUUCAAUAUAUCCCCACCCCUGGCCUGCAGAGAUUCAAGGCCUUCAACCAGAAGUUGGUACAGUUCCUGCAGAAAAUUAUCCAGGAGCACUACCAGGACUUUGACGAGAACAACAUCCAGGACAUCACAGGCGCCCUGUUGAAGCACUGUAAGAAGGGCUCCAGAGCUAAUGGUGGCCGCAUCCCUCACGAGAAGAUUGUCAGCCUUAUCAACGACAUUUUUGGGGCCGGAUUUGACACUGUCACAACAGCCAUCUCCUGGAGCCUUAUGUACCUUGUGACAAAUCCUGAGAAACAGAGAAAGAUCCAGGAGGAGCUGGACACAGUGGUUGGCAGGACACGGCGGCCCCGGUUGUCUGACAGACUCCAGCUGCCCUACCUGGAGGCCUCCAUCUUGGAGAUCUUCCGACACUCCUCCUUCAUCCCCUUCACUGUCCCCCACAGCACAACAAGGGACACGACACUGAAUGGCUUCUACAUCCCAGAGAAACACCUUGUCUUCAUAAACCAGUGGCAGGUCAAUCACGACCAAAAGGUGUGGGGAGAUCCAUUUGAGUUCCGGCCAGAGCGAUUCCUCACUGCUGAUGGCACUGCCAUCAACAAGAUCUUAAGCGAGAAGGUGAUGAUCUUUGGCCUGGGCAAGCGCCGGUGUAUAGGGGAGGUCCUGGCCAAGUGGGAGGUCUUCCUCUUCCUAGCCAUCUUGCUGCAGCAGCUGGAGUUCAGCGUGCCAGCGGGUGUGAAAGUAGACCUAACUCCCAUCUAUGGACUGACCAUGAAGCACGUCCGCUGUGAGCACGUCCAGGCCCGGCCACGUUUCUCCAUCAAGUGAAGACACCAGCAUGCCAAGGCAGAGGGAGGGGUGAGGAUCACCCAUGGGUCCCCAGCCCUUGUUUUUUGCCUUUUUCUUAAAUGAAAGCUUUAUUGAGGUAUAAUAUACAUACCAUACAAUUCACUUUCUUAAAAGUAGACAAUCCAAUGGCUUUUAGUAUAUUCACAGAUCUCAGGGGGUUCCUGGAUCUAGUUUCAACAUGGGGGGUCCCCACACAUACAACACCAAGCAAUUCUUGGACACCAACAGGGUGUCCAAGAAUUCAACUCAAUUCUAACACUGUCUACCCAGAGAUAGCAUUACACUUCACAGGUUAAGGGCUCAAUCCUACAGGACUGCCCCCCACCCCCCACUCCUGACUUUAGUUGCUAGUCACAAGCCCCAGGCUGCUACUUGUGCUUCUGACCAACCAGCUUCAGACUGGGGGUUCCAAUGACCUCCCCCUCCUUAGGUUCUUUAAUUUGCUAGAGUGGCCCACAGAACUCAGGGAGACACUUACUUAUGUUUACCAGUUUAUUAAAAGAUAUGAUGAAAGAUAGGAAUCAGCAGCCAGACAAAGAGAUAUACAGGGCAAGGUCUGGGGAAGGGGUAUAGAACUUCAAUGCCCUCUCCAGGCACGUCAUUCUCCCCAAUCUCUGGGUGUUCACCAACAUGGAAGCUUUUGAUCCCAGUCCUUUUGGGAUUUUAUGGAAGUUUCAUUGCAUACUCAGGACUGACUAAGUCCUUGACCACUGUCUCAUUGAACCAUCAGCCCCUUUCCCCUCCCCAGAGAUCAGGGAGUGAGACUGAUCCAACACUCUAAUCACAUGGUUGGACCUCCUGGAAACCAUCUCCCAAAGUUACCUUCAUUAAUGCAACAAAAGAUGGAGUGCCUGGGUAGCUCAGUCGGCUCAGGUCACGAUCCCAGGGUUGAGCCCACACUGAGCAUGGAGCCUGCUUAAGAUUCUCCCUCUCUCUCUCUCUCUCUCUCUCUGCCCCUCUCCCUUACUCACUCACUCUCUCUAUAAUACAUAUAUACUUUUUAUAUAUAUUAAAUAUAUAUUAAUAUAUAUUAUAUAUUAUAUAUAAUAAUAUAUAUAUACAUUUAAUAUAUACAUAUAUAUAAACAAAAGACACCUUCAUCACUCUCAACACUUAGGAACUUCCAAAGGUUUGAGAAGCUGUGAGCCAGGAUCUGUGGACAAAGACCAAAUAUAUAUGAGAAAUAUGUUUGGUCAUUCAUAUGACCAACAUCUAUUUCUCAUAAACCACAAAUUGCAACAGAGUUGUACUACCAUACCAUAAUCAAUUUUAGAAACUUCUCAUUGACUGGAAAAGAAAGCUCAUACCCACUGGCAGUCACUCCCCAUUUUCCCCAACCCUCCUCUGAGUCCCACCAGUUCUAGGCAACUACUAAUCUACUUUCUGUCUCUAUAGAUUUUCCUACUUUGCACAUUUCACAUAAAUGCAAUUAUACAACAAGAGGUCUUUUGUGA